AUAAAAUUCAGGAGUGAGGGUCAUUAAAAAAUGUUAAAUAUAAGUAAAUAUUGAUUGAGACCACCACAAUAUGCGCACAUCAUAACACGGUCACUCGCGCAACAUUAAUGCUGCUCUUCUGAAAUGUUAUGUUCUUAAUUUUUAAUUUACUGUUACUUAAAAUAAAGUAUUAAUUUUUUUAUGAGACCUACAUUGCAACUACAUUUUGAACUUAAUGGUGAAAUAAACGACCAAUACUGUUAAAACAGUUCCACGUAAUUUAUAUAUUUGCUGACGCAGAAACGAAUCAUGCACUGAUGUGUUAUACGUCAUAAUUUUUCUCGCGUAAUAAUUUUAUAUAUUAACAAAUUCGGCUAUUUUACCGAGUUUAAGAUUCGUCUAUCACAGUUUUACCUCGCUUGAGGAACAAAAUGUACAUUUACCCUUCUUACAGUAGCUAUGACGCAUGCUUUGUUACUUGCUAUUUGUUAUUCGCUUGUAUAAAUAGAAUAUAAUCGUUGUCCAUAAAAAUGCACUUAUCAUUUUGAACGUGAUAAUUUUAUUUUUCAUUUUAACACAAUCUUGUAAGUUCGUUUAAUAGUUAUAAAGAAAAUUUUGACGAGGAACUUUUAUGUGCACAUUCUGCUAGCACUCCCCAAGUCAAAGGGAUAAAUCGGACGAUUAUUAAGGUAAUAUUAGUUAUGGCAGUGGUUUUCCCCAAAGCUUCCAAUAUACUUAGAAUGCAAAAUUUUCAGGGAUUUUCUACAAAAAAGGUAAACUCCCCUAUAUAUAAAUACUGCUGCAUAUAUUAUAUAGUAUUACAAGAGGAUGAAACCCCAUUUGAUACUCAAAAAUUGUACAACCCGCUUAUUGGGUAUAAAUAUUUAGACGAAAUUUUCGACAUUUGUAAUAAUUACGCAGAAGGGUUGAACAUAGAAAUGAUUAAACGGAUGCACGAAAUUGGUAAUCUCUAUCUUCUUCCUAAAAAUGACAAAGACGGUUCCACACUAGAGAGAGAUAAUGUGGAUACUCCAAAAAAUGCGUACCUAAUAAACCACAGCUGUUUACAUAACAGUAUUGCGCUUUUUACCGACUUAUCACACUUUAUAUCUUAUAAUGAACACAUUCGAAGCGGUGUCCAUAAAUGUGAGUGGCACUACUUAGUCCACACCCAUGGCAACUUCUCCUCAUAA